GAUGAUGAGGCUUGCUGCUGUCAUAUUGACAAUAUUGUCAAUCACAAUCAUUGACCCAGUUAAAUCUCAAGAAUGUACAAGUCCAUGUAUCACUGUCACGACUACCUCUACUAUCAUUGUUGAUCCCCCAACUGCCAUUGAUCCCUCCACUGUCAGCACUGCCACUCUUCCUCCCACCAGCAUCACCACUCUUCCUCCUACCAGUACCACUGCUCUUUCCCCCACCAGUACUCUUUCCCCAACCAGUACCACCACUCUUCAUCCCACUUUCAGUACCACCAGUGAUCCUCCCACACUCAGUACUACCAGCACUACCACCAAUGCCUGUACUAGUCAGGCGGGGCCGCCUGACUAUGCCUGUACUACCAUUGUUUCACUCACUAGUACCUGUGCAACUCCUACAAUUACCAAUAAAGAUGAAUGUUUGCAUGAAAAUGGUUAUUGUGAACACAUAUGUACUGAUACAAAUUCUUCUUAUUACUGUUCUUGUUUUACGGGAUACAGAAUACAUAGGACAAGAUUUUGCUCAGAUAUUGAUGAAUGUGUGGAGAAUAUAUCAAACUGUAAUCAACACUGCAGCAACACACUUGGCAGCUACACGUGCUAUUGUUACAGUGGGUAUGAACUGGACAGUGAUGAUCAAACAUGUAUUGAUAUUGAUGAGUGUGCUGUUGAUAAUGGAGGAUGUGAACAAAAUUGUCACAACACAAAUGGUAGCUAUUAUUGUACUUGUAAAGAUGGCUACACAAUGGAUGAAAACAGAAAAAACUGCUCAGACAUUAAUGAGUGUGAUGAUAACACAUGUGAACACCAGUGUGUUAACAAGUUGCCAUUCUACGACUGCUUUUGUGAUACUGGCUAUAGAUCCUAUAAUAUAAAUUUUUGUGAAGAUAUUGAUGAAUGCACUGAAGACAUAUCAGGCUGUGACCAAUUUUGUUCUAAUACUCUUGGUAGCUAUCAAUGUAGCUGUGAAAGAGGAUAUGAACUAGACAGUGAUUACCAUACUUGUGCUGAUAUUAAUGAAUGUGUCAUUAAUAAUGGAGGGUGUGAGCAGUUCUGUAUAAAUACCAAUGGCAGUUAUUAUUGCACUUGUGAUUACGGAUUUGUAUUGAAUGAUGAUAAUCGUCACCUUUGUGAUGAUGUGGAUGAAUGUGCUAUUGAUAGUGAUGCAUGUAAUCAGGACUGUGUCAAUACUAAUGGAUCAUACUUUUGCAGUUGCUAUGCAGGAUACCAGGCUACUAAUAACCAAAAAUAUUGUAUAGAUACUAAUGAAUGUGCUAUCAAUAAUGGGGGCUGUGAUCAGUUGUGUGCUAAUAUUCAAGGAAGCUAUUGGUGUUCUUGUAACACUGGUUUUGUUUUGAAUGCUACAGAUGGUCACACAUGCAAUGAUAUCAAUGAAUGUACUGAUGGUACAGACUUUUGUGAAGAUAGGUGCUUCAACACUGAAGGAAGCUAUGCAUGUGAUUGUAAACCGGGUUAUCAGUUACAAAUGAAUAAUAUCUCAUGCUCUGAUAUUAAUGAAUGCAGUGAUAAUAAUGGUGGCUGUGAUCAUGAGUGCAUCAAUCAAGAGGGUUCUUACAUAUGCAUUUGUGAUACUGGAUUUACAAUUGAAGAAGAUGGACAUGGAUGUUCAGAUAACUCAAGAAAUUGUAUAGGAAAUCCAAGUGCUUGUCAGCACAAUUGUCAUAAUUAUAACAACUCUUUUUAUUGCUCGUGUUAUUCUGGGUACAAACUAAAUAAUAAUGGACGGAAUUGUGAUAAUGUUAAUGAAUGCGAGGAAGGACUUCAUAGAUGUAAUCAAAAGUGUCAUGAUUUAACUGGUGGAUAUGAAUGUUCAUGUAAUGAUGGCUUUCAACUGGCAACUGACAGCUAUACUUGCUAUGAUACCAAUGAGUGCUUAGCUAAUAAUGGAGGUUGUGAAGAUAUUUGCAAUAACACGCAAGGAAGUUAUGAAUGUAUAUGUGAAGUAACUGGCUAUGCAUUAAGUAAUAACAACCAUAACUGCUCAGAUAUAAAUGAGUGUGAAGAAGGCAUAUCAGGCUGUUCACAAACUUGUAGAAAUACUGAAGGAAGUUAUUUGUGUAGCUGUUUUGUUGGAUAUCUACUAGAACCUGAUAAUCAUACUUGUACAGAUAUUAAUGAAUGUGUCAUUGAUAAUGGAGGAUGUGAAGAAAUAUGUGAUAAUAAUAAUGGCAGUUACUCUUGUUCCUGUCAAACUGGCUAUACAGUUGAUGAUAGUGGUCAUAAUUGUACAGAUAUUGAUGAAUGUAGUUCAAAUAAUGGAGACUGUGAUCAGAUUUGUACUAAUCUUGAAGGAACUCAUAACUGUUCUUGUAGAUCUGGUUAUAUCAUGGCAGCUAAUGGAACAUCAUGCAUUGAUAUUAUUGAGUGUGAUGAUGAUAAUGGAGGCUGUUCUCAAAUAUGCUCCAACACUGUUGGAAGCUUUGAGUGUGAAUGCUAUGAUGGAUAUGACUUUAUUGACAAUAGUACCUCAGACUGUAUAGAUAUUGAUGAAUGCCUUGUCAAUAAUGGUGACUGCCAACAAAUAUGUACCAAUACAAAUGGAAGCUAUUAUUGUUCUUGUAUAUCAGGAUACAAUGGCAGUGUUUUUUGUGCUGAUAUUGAUGAGUGCCAAUUGGGCAUUUCUGACUGUAAUCAGUCUUGUAUUAAUACUGUUGGUAGUUACUACUGUGAAUGUGACUCAGGAUACUCUUUGAGCAAUGACAGUCAUUCUUGUAUAGAUAAUGAUGAAUGUGUAAUGGGAACUGAUAUCUGUGAUCAAGUCUGUAUCAAUCAACCUGGUUCAUAUAAUUGUUCAUGUAAUACCGGAUAUUCACUCAAAUCAAAUGGGAUUUCUUGUAUAGAUAUUGAUGAGUGUCAGAUUAAUCCUAAAAUUUGUGAUCAAAGUUGCAUGAACACUGAUGGUUCUUUUUAUUGUGAAUGUUACUCUGGAUAUAGAUUGAAUACUCGUACUAAUAAUACUUGUUCUGAUAUUGAUGAAUGUUUUGAAGGAACAUCAGGAUGUGAUCAGAUAUGCAACAACACUCUUGGUAGUUACAACUGCAGUUGUAUGAUUGGGUAUCAGUUAAACAGUGAUGACCAUAAUUGUGAUGAUGUUGAUGAAUGUACCAUCAACAAUGGAGGAUGCGAACAGAUAUGUAUAAACACUAAUGGUAGUCGUUACUGUAUGUGUCAGGAAGGAUAUUCAUUUGAUAAUAGUGGCACAAACUGUACAGAUAUUAAUGAAUGUAUUGAAGACAAUGGUGGCUGUGAUCAUACCUGUACUAAUACUGUUGGCUCAUAUAUUUGUAGCUGUGACACUGGAUAUAGUCUGAAUACUGAUGAACACAACUGCACUGAUAUAAAUGAGUGUGAUUCCAGUAAUGGAGGUUGUGAUCAGAUAUGUAACAAUGAUGCUGGUAGUCAUUACUGUAGUUGUAAAGUAGGUUACAUACUGCAUUCAAAUGGAAGCACUUGCAUAGAUAUUGAUGAAUGUAUAGACAGUGAUUGUGAGCAAAUGUGUAAUAAUACUGUUGGCAGCUACUCAUGUUCAUGUAAUAAUGGUUAUUUAUUGAAUAAUGAUGGAAGAAACUGCUCAGAUAUCAAUGAAUGCACUACUAACAAUGGAGGAUGUGAACAUAUUUGUAUUAACAAGAUACCAUUAUUUGAUUGCUUAUGCAUGAAUGGCUUUAGAUUACAAAAUAAAAAAUUCUGUUCAGAUAUUAACGAGUGUCUUGAACAAACAUCAGAUUGCUCAGAUAAUUGUGAAAAUACAGAAGGAAGUUACUUGUGCAGUUGUCCAAUUGGAUAUUCACUAGAACCUGAUAAUCAUACUUGUACUGAUAUUAAUGAAUGUAUCAUUAAUAAUGGAGGAUGUGAAGAGACAUGUGAUAAUACUAAUGGCAGUUACACUUGUUCCUGUGAGACUGGCUAUACAGUUGAUGAUAGUGGUCAUAAUUGUACAGACAUUGAUGAAUGUAGUUCAAAUAAUGGAGACUGUGAUCAGAUUUGUACUAAUCUUCAAGGAACUCAUAAUUGUUCAUGUAGAUCUGGUUACAUCAUGACAGCUAAUGGAACAUCAUGCAUUGAUAUUAUUGAGUGUGAUGAUAAUAAUGGAGGCUGUUCUCAAAUAUGCUCAAAUACUGAUGGAAGCUUUGAGUGUGACUGCUAUGAUGGAUAUGACUUUAUUGAAAAUAGUACCACAGAUUGCAUAGAUACUGAUGAGUGCCUUGUUAAUAAUGGUGGUUGUCAAGAAAUAUGUAUUAAUACAAAUGGAAGUUUCAAUUGUUCUUGUCCAUUGGGAUACAGUGGCAGUGUUUUCUGUUCAGAUAUUGAUGAAUGUCAAUUGAAAAUUUCAGGAUGUAAUCAGUCUUGUAUUAAUACUGUUGGUAGUUAUUAUUGUCAAUGUGAAUCAGGAUACACUUUGAGCAACGAUAGUCAUUCUUGUAUAGAUAAUGAUGAAUGCAUAAUGGGAACUGAUACCUGUGACCAAGUUUGUAUCAAUGAACCUGGUUCAUAUAAUUGUUCAUGCAAUAUUGGUUAUUCACUCAAAUCAAAUGGGAUUUCUUGCAAAGAAAUUAACGAGUGCAUGCAGCAAACAUCAGGUUGUUCACAUGAUUGUGAAAAUACAGAAGGAAGUUACUUGUGCAGUUGUCCAAUCGGAUAUCUACUAGAACUCGAUGACCAUACUUGUACUGAUAUUGAUGAAUGUACCAUUAAUAAUGGAGGAUGUGAAGAAACAUGUGAUAAUACUAAUGGCAGUUACACUUGCUCCUGUCAAACUGGCUAUACAGUUGAUGAUAGUGGUCAUAAUUGUACAGAUAUUGAUGAAUGUAGUUCAAAUAAUGGAGACUGUGAUCAGAUUUGUAUUAAUCUCCAAGGAACUCAUAACUGUUCUUGUAGAUCUGGUUACAUCAUGGCAGUUAAUGAAACAUCUUGCAUUGAUAUCAUUGAGUGUGAUGAUAAUAAUGGAGGCUGUUCUCAAAUAUGCUCCAACACUGAUGGAAGCUUUGAGUGUGAAUGCUAUGAUGGAUAUGACUUUAUUGAAAAUAGUACCACAGACUGUACAGAUAUUGAUGAAUGUCUUGUUAAUAAUGGUGGUUGUCAAGAAAUAUGUACCAAUACAAAUGGAAGCUUCAAUUGUUCUUGUCCAUCAGGCUACAUUGGCAAUGUUUACUGUUUAGAUAUUGAUGAGUGUCAAUUAGGAAUUUCAGGAUGUAAUCAGUCUUGUAUUAAUACUGUUGGUAGUUACUACUGUCAAUGUGAAUCAGGAUACACCUUAAGCAAUGACAGUCAGUCCUGUAUAGAUAAUGAUGAAUGUGUAAUGGGAACAGAUAUCUGUGAUCAAGUCUGUAAUAAUAAUCCUGGCUCACAUCAUUGUUCAUGUAAUACUGGUUAUUCACUCAAAGCAAAUGGGAUUUCUUGUAUAGAUAAUGAUGAAUGUCAGAUUAAUCCUAAUAUUUGUGAUCAAAGUUGCAUGAACACUGAUGGUUCAUUUCAUUGUGAAUGUUACUCUGGAUAUAGAUUGAAUACUCAAGCUAACAAUACUUGUUCUGAUAUUGAUGAAUGUAUUGAAGGAACAUCAGGAUGUGAUCAGAUAUGCAACAACACUCUUGGUAGUUACAACUGCAGUUGUAUGACUGGGUAUCAGUUAAACAGUGAUGAUCAUAAUUGUGAUGAUGUUAAUGAAUGUAACAUCAACAAUGGAGGAUGUGAACAGAUAUGUAUUAACACUAAUGGUGGUCAUUACUGUAUGUGUCAGGAAGGAUAUUCAUUUAAUAGUAGUGACACCAACUGUACAGAUAAUAAUGAAUGCUUUGAAGACAAUGAUGGCUGUGAUCAUACCUGUACCAAUACUGUUGGUUCAUAUAUUUGUAGCUGUGACACUGGAUAUAGUCUGAAUACUGAUAAACACAACUGCACUGAUAUAAAUGAGUGUGAUUUGAGUAAUGGAGGUUGUGAUCAGAUAUGUAACAAUGUUCUUGGUAGUCAUUACUGUAGUUGUAAAGUAGGUUACACACUGCAUUCAAAUGGAAGCACUUGCAUAGAUAUUGAUGAAUGCAUAGACAGUGAUUGUGAGCAAAUAUGUAAUAAUACUGUUGGCAGUUACACAUGUUCAUGUUAUAAUGGGUAUUUAUUGAAUAAUGAUGGAAGAAACUGUUCUGAUGUAAAUGAAUGCAUGACUAAAAAUGGUAAUUGCGAGCACAUUUGCAUUAAUAAAGAACCAUUAUUUGAUUGCACAUGUCAUUUUGGAUUUAGGUCAUACAACUUUCAAUUUUGUUCAAAUAUCAAUGAGUGUAUGGAAGGCACAUCAGGCUGCUCUCAAAAUUGUCAAGACACCCAAGGAAGUUACAUAUGCAGCUGCAUUGAUGGAUAUCUACUAGAGCCUGAUAAUCAUACUUGUACCGAUAUUAAUGAAUGUAUCAUUAAUAAUGGAGGUUGUGAAGAAAUAUGUGAUAAUACUGAUGGCAGUUACACUUGUUCCUGUCAAACUGGCUAUACAGUUGAUGAUAAUGGUCAUAAUUGUACAGAUAUUGAUGAAUGUAGUUCAAAUAAUGGAGACUGUGAUCAGAUUUGUACUAAUCUUGAAGGAACUCAUAACUGUUCUUGUAGAUCUGGUUAUAUCAUGGCAGUUAAUGAAACAUCAUGCAUUGAUAUUAUUGAGUGUGAUGAUAAUAAUGGAGGCUGUUCUCAAAUAUGCUCAAACACUGAUGGAAGCUUUGAGUGUGACUGCUAUGAUGGAUAUGACUUUAUUGAAAAUAGUACCACCAAUUGUAUAGAUACUAAUGAAUGCCUUUUUAAUAAUGGUGGCUGUCAACAAUUAUGUACUAAUACAAAUGGAAGUCAUUAUUGUUCUUGUAUACCAGGAUACAGUGGCAGUGUUUUUUGUGCUGAUGUUGAUGAGUGCCAAUUGGACAUUUCUGGAUGUAAUCAGUCUUGUGUUAAUACUGUUGGUAGCUACUAUUGUGAAUGUGAAUCAGGAUACACUUUGAGCAAUGACAGUCAUUCCUGUAUAGAUAAUGAUGAAUGUGCAAUGGGAAUUGAUACCUGUGAUCAAGUCUGUAUCAAUGAACCUGGUUCAUAUGAUUGUUCAUGUAAUACUGGUUAUUCACUGAAAUCAAAUGGGAUUUCUUGUAUAGAUAUUGAUGAGUGUCAGAUUAAUACUAAUGUUUGUGAUCAAAGUUGUAUAAACACUGAUGGUUCAUUUUAUUGUGAAUGUUACUCUGGAUAUAGAUUGGAUACCCAUACUAAUACUACUUGUUCUGAUAUUGAUGAAUGUAUUGAAGGAACAUCAGGAUGUGAUCAGAUAUGCAACAACACUGUUGGUAGUUACAACUGCAGUUGUAUGACUGGGUAUCAAUUAAACAGUGAUGAUCAUAAUUGUGAUGAUGUUAAUGAAUGUACCAUCAACAAUGGAGGAUGUGAACAGACAUGUAUGAACAUUAAUGGUGGUCAUUACUGUAUGUGUCAGGAAGGAUAUUCAUUUAAUAAUAGUGACACAAACUGUACAGAUAUUAAUGAAUGUAUUGAAGACAGUGGUGGCUGUGAUCAUACUUGUACUAAUAUUGUUGGUUCAUAUAUUUGUAGCUGUGACACUGGAUAUAGUCUGAAUACUGAUGAACACAACUGCACUGAUACAAAUGAGUGUGAUUCCAGUAAUGGAGGUUGUGAUCAGAUAUGCAACAAUGUUCCUGGUAGUCAUUACUGUAGUUGUAAAGUAGGUUACAUACUGCAUUCAAAUGGAAGUACUUGCAUAGAUAUUGAUGAAUGUAUAAAUAGUGAUUGUGAGCAAAUAUGUAAUAAUACUAUUGGCAGUUACACAUGUUUUUGUAAUAAUGGUUAUUUAUUGAAUAGUGAUGGUAGAAACUGCUCAGAUAUCAAUGAAUGCACUAAUGAUAAUGGAGGAUGUGAACAUAUUUGUAUUAACAAGAUACCUUUAUUUGAUUGCUUAUGCAUGAAUGGUUUUAGAUUGCAAAAUGAAAAAUUCUGUUCCGAUAUUAACGAAUGUCUUGAACAAACAUCAGGUUGUUCACAUAAUUGUGAAAAUACAGAAGGAAGUUACUUGUGCAGUUGUCCAACUGGAUAUUUACUAGAACCUGAUAAUCAUACUUGUACUGAUAUUAAUGAAUGUAUCAUUAAUAAUGGAGGAUGUCAAGAAACAUGUGAUAAUACUAAUGGCAGUUACACUUGUUCCUGUCAAGCUGGCUAUACAGUUGAUGAUAGUGGUCAUAAUUGUACAGAUAUUGAUGAGUGUAGUUCAAAUAAUGGAGACUGUGAUCAGAUUUGUACUAAUCUUCAAGGAACUCAUAACUGUUCUUGUAGAUCUGGUUAUAUUAUCGCAGUUAAUGGAAUGUCUUGCAUUGAUAUUAUUGAGUGUGAUGAUAAUAAUGGAGGCUGUUCUCAAAUAUGCUCCAACACUGAUGGAAGCUUUGAGUGUGAAUGCUAUGACGGAUUUGACUUUAUUGAAAAUAGUACCACAAAUUGCAUUGACAUUGAUGAAUGCCUUGCUAAUAAUGGUGGCUGUCAAGAAAUAUGUACCAAUACAAAUGGAAGUUUCAAUUGUUCUUGUCCAUCAGGAUACAGUGGCAAUGUUUUCUGUUCAGAUAUUGAUGAGUGUGAUUUGGAUAUUUCUGACUGUAAUCAGACUUGUAUUAAUACUGUUGGUAGUUACUACUGUCAAUGUUUAUCAGGAUACACUUUGAGCAUUGACAGUCAUUCCUGUAUAGAUAAUGAUGAAUGUGUAAUGGGAACUGAUACCUGUGAUCAAGUCUGUAUCAAUGAACCUGGUUCAUAUGAUUGCUCAUGUAAUACUGGUUAUUCACUCAAAUCAAAUGGGAUUUCUUGUAUAGAUAUAAAUGAGUGUCAGAUUAAUCCUAAUAUUUGUGAUCAAAGUUGCAUAAACACUGAUGGCUCAUUUUAUUGUGAAUGUUAUUCUGGAUAUAGAUUGGAUACUCGAACUAACAAUACUUGUUCUGAUAUUGAUGAAUGUUUUGAAGGGACAUCAGGAUGUGAUCAGAUAUGCAACGACACUCUUGGUAGUUACAACUGCAGUUGUAUGACUGGGUAUCAAUUAAACAGUGAUGAUCAUAAUUGUGAUGAUGUUAAUGAAUGUACCAUCAACAAUGGAGGAUGUGAACAGAUAUGUAUAAACACUAAUGGUGGUCAUUACUGUAUGUGCCAGGAAGGAUACUCAUUCAAUAAUAGUGACACAAACUGUACAGAUUUUAAUGAAUGUAUGGAAGACAUUAGUGGCUGUGAUCAUACUUGUACUAAUACUGUUGGUUCAUAUAUUUGUAGCUGUGACACUGGAUAUAGUCUGAAUACUGAUGAACACAACUGCACUGAUAUAAAUGAGUGUGAUUCCAGUAAUGGAGGCUGUGAUCAGAUAUGCAACAAUGUUCCUGGUAGUCAUCACUGUAAUUGUAAACUAGGUUACUUACUGCACUCAAAUGGAAGUACUUGCAUAGAUAUUGAUGAAUGCAUAGACAGUGAUUGUGAGCAAAUAUGUAAUAAUACUGUUGGCAGCUACUCAUGUUCAUGUAAUAAUGGUUAUUCAUUGAAUAGUGAUGGAAGAAACUGCUCAGAUAUCAAUGAAUGCACUAAUAAUAAUGGAGGAUGCGAACAUAUUUGUAUUAACAAGAUACCUUUAUUUGAUUGCUUAUGCAUGAAUGGCUUCAGAUUACAAAAUGAAAAAUUCUGUUCAGAUAUUAAUGAGUGCCUUGAGCAAGCAUCAGGUUGUUCACAUGAUUGUGAAAAUAUAGAAGGAAGUUACUUGUGCAGUUGUUCAAUUGGAUAUCUACUAGAACCUGAUAAUCAUACUUGUACUGAUAUUAAUGAAUGCAUUAUUAAUAAUGGAGGAUGUGAAGAAACAUGUGAUAAUACUAAUGGCAGUUACACUUGUUCCUGUCCGACUGGCUAUACAGUUGAUGGCAGUGGUCAUAAUUGUACAGAUAUUGAUGAAUGUAGUUCAAAUAAUGGAGACUGUGAUCAAAUUUGUACUAAUCUUCAAGGAACUCAUAACUGUUCUUGUAGAUCUGGUUAUAUUAUGGCAGUUAAUGGAAUGUCAUGCAUUGAUAUCAUUGAGUGUGAUGAUAAUAAGGGAGGCUGUUCUCAAAUAUGCUCCAACACUGAUGGAAGCUUUGAGUGUGACUGCUAUGAUGGAUAUGACUUUAUUGAAAAUAGUACCACAGAUUGUAUAGAUAUUGAUGAAUGCCUUGUCAAUAAUGGUGGCUGUCAACAAAUAUGUACUAAUACAAAUGGAAGUUAUUAUUGUUCUUGUAUAUCAGGUUAUAGUGGCAGUGUUUUUUGUGUAGAUAUUGAUCCAUGUCAAUUGGGCAUCUCAGGAUGUAAUCAGACUUGUAUUAAUACUGUUGGUAGUUACUACUGUGAAUGUGAAUCAGGAUACACUUUGAGCAAUGACAGUCAUUCCUGUAUAGAUAAUAAUGAAUGUGCAAUGGGAACUGAUACCUGUGAUCAAGUUUGUAUCAAUGAACCUGGUUCAUAUGAUUGUUCAUGUAAUACUGGUUAUUCACUCAAAUCAAAUGGGAUUUCUUGUAUAGAUAAUAAUGAGUGUCAGAUUAAUCCUAAUGUUUGUGAUCAAAGUUGCAUAAACACUGAUGGCUCAUUUUAUUGUGAAUGUUACUCUGGACAUAGAUUGGAUACUCAAACUAACAAUACUUGUUCUGAUAUUGAUGAAUGUUUUGAAGGAACAUCAGGAUGUGAUCAGAUAUGCAACAACACUUUUGGUAGUUACAACUGCAGUUGUAUGACUGGAUAUCAGUUAAACAGUGAUGAUCAUAAUUGUGAUGAUGUUGAUGAAUGUACCAUCAACAAUGGAGGAUGCGAACAGAUAUGUAUAAACACUAAUGGUGGUCAUUACUGUAUGUGCCAGGAAGGAUAUUCAUUUAAUAAUAGUGACACAAACUGUACAGAUAUUAAUGAAAGUAUUGAAGACAAUAGUAGCUGCGAUCAUACUUGUACUAAUACUGUUGGUUCAUAUAUUUGUAGCUGUGACACUGGAUAUAGUCUGAAUACUGAUGAACACAACUGCACUGAUAUAAAUGAGUGUGAUUCCAGUAAUGGAGGUUGUGAUCAGUUAUGUAACAAUGUUCCUGGUAGUCAUUACUGUAAUUGUAAAGUAGGUUACAUGCUGCAUUCAAAUGGUAGCACUUGCAUAGAUAUUGAUGAAUGCAUAGACAGUGAUUGUGAGCAAAUAUGUAAUAAUACUGUUGGCAGUUACACAUGUUCAUGUAAUAAUGGCUAUUCUCUAAAUAGU